AUGGAUCAGGUAAAUCAGUUAAAAGAAAAGGGUAACGCAGCUCUAGCUGCCGAGAAAUUCGAUGAAGCGAUCAAAUUUUACACCAGUGCAAUCGAAUUAGAUCCAAACAACCACGUUUUAUACAGUAACCGUUCUGCGGCUUACGCGAAGGCGAAAAAAUAUGCCUUGGCGUUAGAAGAUGCGAACAAAACUGUGUCAUUGAACCCUUCAUGGAGUAAAGGUUACUCUAGAAAAGGUAGCGCGUUAGCGUAUCUUUGGAGAUUCGAUGAAUCAAUCGAGGCGUACGAAAAGGGCCUGCAAUUGGACCCAAGCAAUGCACAGCUGGCCGAAGGGCUGGCGGACGUCAAAAAACAGGCCAAGGAAGCUAAAAUAAGGACAGAUGCGCUGUUCGAAAAGCUGAAAGCAGACCCUCAAACCAGAGAAUGGCUGAAGGACCCAGAAUAUGUGAAAAUGGUUAAGAGUAUAAAUCCAAACGAUGUCUCAAACUUAGACUCUUACUUGUCGGACCCUCGUUUCAUGCAGACAAUAUCAGUCAUGCUUAGUCUAGAUAUUGGUACACCAAUGGACGUCGACGACUCUCCACCACCGGAGCCUAAACCGGCUCAACCAUCAAAAAAAGAGGUACCACCUAAGCCGAAAUACGACGAUUUACCCGAAAAUCGCAAAAAAGCUUUACAAGAGAAAGAUUUAGGUAACGAAUACUACAAGAAAAAGGACUUUGAGAAUGCUCUAGUGCACUAUAAUAAGGCGAUAGAAAGUGAUCCAACGGAUAUUACUUUCUAUACGAAUAUGGCAGCGGUGUACUUCGAACAGAAAGAUUAUGAGAUGUGUAUAAAGGAGUGCGAGAAAGCGAUUGAGAUUGGUAGAGAGAAUAGGGCCGAUUUCAAGCUUAUCGCGAAGGCUUUUACUAGAAUUGGUAACGCUUACAAAAAGAUGGAACAAUGGAAACUAGCAAAGACAUACUACGAGAAAUCGAUGUCUGAACACCGAACGCCCGAAAUCAAGACUCUUCUCAGCGAAGUAGAGAAGAAGAUCAUCGAGGAAGAGAAGAAAGCCUACGUAGACCCCGUGAAAGCUGAGCAAGAGAAGGAACUCGGAAAUGAAUUCUUUAAGAAGGGCGACUACAGUACAGCAAUGAAACACUACUCCGAAGCAAUAAAACGUAACCCAGACGAUCCCAAGCUGUAUUCAAACCGCGCCGCUUGUUAUACUAAGCUAGCGGCCUUCGAUUUAGGUCUUAAAGACUGCGAGCAAUGCUGUAAACUAGAUCCUAAGUUCAUUAAGGGCUGGAUUAGAAAGGGAAAAAUUCUUCAAGGUAUGCAACAGCCCGCAAAAGCUCUAAACGCAUAUCAAAAAGCUUUGGAGCUGGAUCCCAGCAACGCUGAGGCUUUGGAGGGAUACAGAGCUUGUUCUACACAGCUUAACUCGAACCCUGAAGAGGUCCGCAAACGCGCCAUGGCAGAUCCAGAAGUCCAGAGUAUCCUCCGUGACCCAGCCAUGCGUUGUAUCCUAGAACAAAUGCAACAAGACCCUCAGGCUCUGCAGGACCAUCUCCGUAACCCUGACAUUGCCGCUAAGAUACAGAAACUUCUCGAAUCCGGUCUCAUAGCUAUACACUAACUCUAGAUACAGGAUCUCUAAAGCAGACUAAUCUAACCUUGGAUCUUUCUAGAUUGGCUUAGACCGGGAAUCACCGUAGAUACUGUUAUUACAAUUGUGGGUCAAUGUUGAAUUAGUGAUUUACCGUUUUGAUAUUUAGUGUAAAAAAAUUUAAGUGAAUUUACAAUAUUGUGUGUUUAAUUCCAUGAAUUUUGCAAUGGUAAAGUUCAUAAUAUUAUAAUUGUUCACAGAUGGCAUUUCAAUAUAUCUAACAAGUCAGAAUUAAGUAAUAAUCGCGUCAAUAUGACGACCGAUGCCUUCAACUAAAAUGUUUGUAAUUUAGUAGUAGCUUACGAAAUAGCAUUUUAGCAAAACAUUAAAACUACUAGGAAUAACCAAUUUUACUAGUACAAUACCAUUAUAAGUUCAUUGAGAGACUCCUGAUCGACCAAUGUUAGUUCAAACAUCUUAAACAUCUUAGUUCUAAUAAGUACAUAAGAAUUAUUUGUCACAAAGAUGUCAAAUUUGUUUAUCACUGAUUCACCAUUGGCAUGCGAUUAUAAUAACCAAAUGGCGUUCUAGAUAGGAUACAUCUAGUAGCGGAAUUGGGAUUGAUUUUGUGAUGUUGCUAUAUUUAAUUUUUUUAAUUAAAAUUUUAAUUUGUUUAAACGUAAA